GAUUAAUUAGCAUACGCGCACAAAGCGGCAGACUUUCGAUUCGAACUUUCAUCAAUAGUUGAGUCAGCUAGCCGUUCAGUUGACAAGGAUCUCUUCGCUAACUAGAUCGAUCGUUUUCGAAAAAAAUAAUAAAACAAAAUACAUCCUCGUAUUUUCACAUAAAAAAUAAAUAGUUGCACUUGCAGAACUUGAACACAACUUUUCUCGUGACUUAAAGAAAAUCCGCUGAAUGGGCUUGUUAAUGAAAUACAGAGGCGGUAUUUAAAUAAAAGUAGUAGCUAUGCCGGACACUGAGUUUUUGGACACCAAUGAUUUUGAUGAAUUUGACAAAGCUUUUGAUUCACGAGUCGUUAGAUCUAAAUACGCUAGAAAAGAUAACGACAGUGAUUAUAUAUUAAAUAAAAAUCCAUACUACAGUAAAAUAUACGAUAAAAUAUUUAGAAAGUCUAUAGAAAAUCCAGAAGAGUUUUGGGCCGAAGUCGGCGAAGAAGUUGAAUGGAGUAAAUAUUGGGAUAAAGUUCUGGAUAAUUCCAAUGAGCCCUUCACUAAAUGGUACGUUGGUGGAGAAAUAAACGCUUGUCACAAUGCAGUGGAUCGUCAUGUCAAAGCUGGUUACGGAAAAAAGGUCGCUUUGAUUCAUGACAGCCCACUGACAUCAACGAUACGAAAAGUAACAUACGAUGAAUUAUUAGAAAAAACAUCGAGACUUGCCGGUGCACUAGCUAAUAUGGGAGUGCAGAAAGGCGAUCGUGUAUUAAUUUAUAUGCCUCUUGUUCCUGAAACAGUCAUUGCUAUUCUUGCUAGUGCUCGUCUUGGUGCUGUUCAUUCUGUUGUUUUUGGAGGUUUCGCCCCAAAUGAAUUAGCAACACGUAUCGAUCACGCAGAACCAAAAGUUAUCAUUGCCGCUAGCUGUGGACUGGAGCCUACUCGAAUUAUAAAAUAUACAACAAUGGUAGAAGAAGCGAUGGAAUUAAUAUCUGUACGCCGACCGAAGUGUAUUAUCUUCCAGCGUAGAAAUGUGUGGGAAGCGCCUUUACAAAGUUACCAAGAAGACUUUGAUGAGUUGAUUGAGCAAUCUUUACCUCAUCCUUGCGUACCGGUUGAAGCUAAUGAUCCUCUUUAUAUUUUAUACACAUCGGGAACAACUGAUAAACCGAAAGGCAUACAGAGACCCGUAGGUGGCCAUAUAGCGACUCUUUGCUGGACAAUGAAGACAAUUUAUGGGAUGGACAAAAACUCUGUGUGGUGGGUGGCAUCUGAUCUUGGGUGGGUUGUUGGACUUUCAUACAUUUGUUACGCGCCACUUCUCUACGGUAUAACCAGCGUUAUGUUCGAGGGAAAACCUGACCGUACGCCCAAUGCAAGCCAAUACUUUAGAAUUAUUGAACAGCAUGGAGUCAAUGCUCUGUUUACGGUACCAACAGCCUUCCGAGUGCUGCGUCGUGCCGAUCCAGAGACUAUUUUGGGUCGAAAUUACUCCUUAAAAUCAUUGAAAACAAUCUUUGUCGCGGGCGAACAUUGCGAUUACGAGGCCAAGUCUUGGGCUGAAAAUACCUUCAAAGUGCCGAUUCUGAACCAUUGGUGGCAAACCGAAACCGGUCAUGCUAUAACAGCGACUUGUCUUGGUCUAGGUCACAGCUUAAAUCCCCCCAAACACUGUACAGGAAUGCCUUUUCCCGGAUACAAUGUUAAAAUUCUUCGCGAAGACGGAAGUAAAGCAUCGACCCAUGAAUUGGGGAGGAUUGCUGUUAAAUUACCUUUACCGCCUGGAACAAUGUCGACACUGUACAAAGCACCUGAACGCUUUAAAGAUAUUUACUUUUCAAAAUAUCCUGGUUAUUACGAUACGAUGGACGCGGGCUACAUUGAUGAAUAUGGAUAUGUUUACGUUACCGCGCGAGAUGAUGACAUAAUAAAUGUCGCUGGUCACAGAUUAUCGACGUCAGCAUUGGAAGAUGUUGUGUUAAGUCACCCCGACAUUGUUGAUACUGCCGUUGUCGGUGUACCUGAACCUACUAAGGGAGACAUUCCGCUAUGUCUUUACGUCAUGCGAACAGAUACGACUAAGAAUGAAGAACAAAUAAAUCAAGAGUUAAUUAACAAAGUAAGGCAGCUUAUUGGACCGAUCGCAUCUUUCAAAGUUGCUGCUGCAGUCAAAGGGUUACCGCGAACUCGCUCAGGAAAAACGAUCCGAAAAUCAAUCGCCGAUAUGGCGCGUUCAAGAGCUAUUCAUAUACCGAGUACUAUUGAAGAUGCAAGCGUUUUUGUCGACAUCAAGCGAGCUUUGAACAAACUAGGCUACGCUAAAACAGUGCCAGACCCACAAUAAUUUUAUCCGCUUGAAUUUAUUUAAAUAUUUAAAUUUUAAUUGUGUAAUUAUUAUUUAUAAACACGUGUAUUUAGAUGUAGGUGAUUUCUCAUUGUA